AUGCGACUCAGCCACAUUGAAAAGAACAUCUGCUAUCGGCAACGAAGGGGAAAAGAAGUCGUCUACGACGAUUGCGUACUCGAGAGUUCCUUGCCCCAAAGUGAAUGGCACAUCGAGGAGGACCCAAACGAAGUGCUGCUCAGAGAAUUACAAGCCUGUGCUGAACCUCCCUCGAAAAUGCGCACAACAAACUUGGAUCGAAUUUCGAAGACCACCAAGGAAUUGCUGGAAAGAAGGACUUUAAGGCUUGAUCCAAAUGCAUCGCACAUUGAGCGCCCGAUCAUCCCCUCUGGUGACGCUCCACCACAGAUUCUCCCUUCGGAAGUACAUGUCGUUAUCACAAGCCUGGCACAGCCUCCGAACUUAAUUUUAUAUCAGCAGUUUCUUCGGGCUGGUGGCCAUCCACUUCAUGUAAUCUUAGCAACGCACAUGACGUCCUACCUUCAGAAAGAAAGGAUUCCAGAGCAGUGGAAGACUUCGCGAACCAUUCUUAUCCAUAACAAAGGUGACCGAGAGGACCUUCGAAACUAUGAUGUGCUUGCUGAGCGUGCUAUACAAAUUAUCCACUAA